AUGGAGAGGCAAAGAAGAAAGUUUAAAGAAGAUGCAGUACCAUCUAAAUUUCAGAAUGCACCUUUAUAUUUGUCCAUUCCAACACAACAACCUCGAUCGACAACAAGAUCUUCAUCAGCAACUCGUCUCGUGUUAGAUAUUGAAAGGACAAAAAAAGCAGUUGAAGAGGAGUUCCUAAAAACUGAUUUUCUAAAUAACUGGACAGUAGUGAAAAGUAUACUCAGUACGACUAGAUGUCUUAACUGCAGGGAGGUCCUUUUGGAUAACAAUUUAUUUUAUUCCAAUGAAGAUCAUUCUAACAUUGUAAUUUAUUUGCAAGACAUCAACAGAGGAGAUGGGUUUGCACACUGGAUUAUCCAAAGUUCUCAGCGACGAUGUGCUGCUGCUGGAUGCAAAGGGACAUCCAUAUUUGCAUGCGAAAAAUGUAAUGUUGGGUUACAUCCAGGCUGUUUCAAGUCAUUUCAUUUGAGCCAUACUUAA